AGUUGACCACUAUUAACACAAAAAAUAUUUAAAAUUUGUUAAAUGUAAAAAAAGACGCGCGCACAGGUCGAAGUUUCCCGCCCUUUUUUCAAUGUGACAGUUCUCUACUUAAGUUUGAGUCGACUGGCAUGACGUAAAUUGUGUUACUGUGUAUAAAAAAAAGUGCCUAGCGCCGCUAAAGAAGUUUUCACUUCAAAAUUAACUGAUUUGCAAGACCGAAGUGAUCCCAUAAGUGUUCCGUAAACAAAGUUUUGUACGGAACACUAAAAAAUGCGUACUAGUACGUCGCAAUUUCAACUUCUUGUUGACUACAUGGAAAAGCAUGGUGACCUUAGCAAACCCAGCGAUGGGCCACAUGGGAAGGAGCUCAAUACCCGACGGUGGGCCGAGCUGACACAACUUUUAAACGCGGAUGCGACAGGCGUCACCAAAAAUACGGAUAAGUGGAGAAAGGUGUGGAGUGACCUGAAGAACAAUACAAAGAAAAAGGCUGCUCGAAUAUUCAGAGCUGGAGCAGGAACUGGUGGUGGUCCUGCUUGUAAAAUAAAAUUAAGCGACCUAGAGCAGAGGGUGCUGUCUAUAACAGGGACACGGGCAGCUACAGGCAUUGUAGAAAUUCCGGAGGUUGGCCUGGAGGAAGAAGUAACUGAACUGGCUGUACUACCGACACUUGAUAAUGAUGACAGCCCAUCUAUUUUUAUACUACAUGAUGAGUUUGCUCAACAAACUUGUUCCAACAGGAGUGAGGCCGGCAUGACACAGACGCAGGAGCCUGCGGCUCGGGCCGCGCGGAUGCUAGACAGGAGUGAGGCCGGCAUGACACAGGCGCAGGAGUCUGCGACUCGGGCCGCGCGGAUGCUAGACAGGAGUGAGGCCGGCAUGACACAGGCGCAGGAGCCUGCGACUCGGGCCGCGCGGAUGGCUGCUGGAGGCAGGCAGCACGCGCCGCAGAGUCCUACGCCCUUACCACUUACGCCACGGCGGCGGCGAACACGUCCGACGCCAACAUUCUCCUCUCGUACUCGUACCCAGACACAGUCCGAUUUGGCAAGGCAAGCCUUCGUCAGGUCUGACUGUGAAUGGCGAAAUUUCCAAAUGGAGGCAGAGCGGGAGAGGAAUAGGUUAAGAGAAUUAGAGAUAAGGAUGCAAGAAAGAUGGUUAGAUUGUUUUAGUCAAUUGUUAGUAUUGGGAAAUAGAAUUGUAAGUCAUUGGGAAAAAAAAUAA